AUGGCUCCGUUACGCCCCAAUUCCAAGGCCGGAAGGGCCGUCAAGGCCAAAUCCCAUCCAGCUAUCGCAAAGGCAAAACCGACGGCGGACAAGUCCAACUCUCUAAGCUCUGAAUUUCACAACUCCAAAAAGGACAAACGGCUAAUAAAACACUCCUCAUUCAUCUCGAAGAUCGAAAAGUCUCGCAAGAAACCGCUGAAGCGACGACGACCUUCUAAGAAAUUAAUCGCCAACCUUGACUCGCUCGCGAAUGCCCUGCCUGACGCCGGAGAUGGUGAUGACGAUGGCGUCUCGACGCACAAUAUCGACGGCAACACACAGGUUAAUGUGAUUAAGCAUAAGAGCUUGAAGCAUAGGCCCGGUGCUAUGAAGAGGAAGGAGAAGCUGGAUCGGAUAGAGCGAGACCGGUUUGCGAAGAAUAUGGGACAGCUGGCUGCGGGAAUCAAGGCGGACAUGGAUACUACUGCAGAUACAUCGACAGGUAUGCAGGCUGUAAAUGGUGUUAAUGCUUCUACUGGUGGAGAGUCAACUUCCGCUCGCUGGGCCGCGCUGCGAAGCUUUAUCUCCCAGACGAUGGACCAGAACCCAGAGUUCAAGGGCGUCAAAUCAUAG